UCCAUCGAUCGAACGAUCGAUUGACUGACCGGUUGGGUGGGUGUUCGGCCAAUGGCGUCUUCGCGGAGGAGGACGCUGCUCAAGGUCAUCGUCCUCGGCGACAGCGGGGUGGGGAAGACGUCCCUGAUGAACCAAUAUGUGAACAAGAAGUUUAGCCAGCAGUACAAGGCGACGAUCGGCGCCGAUUUCGUCACCAAGGAGGUUCUCAUCGAAGACAGGCUUGUCACCUUGCAGAUCUGGGACACGGCAGGCCAGGAGAGGUUUCAGAGUCUCGGUGUGGCGUUCUACAGAGGUGCGGAUUGCUGUAUGCUAGUCUACGAUGUCAAUGCUAAAAGGUCUUUCAAUGCACUAAAUACCUGGCAUGAUGAGUUCCUCACCCAAGCUGGUCCCUCAGAUCGUAAACAUUUUCCAUUCAUCUUACUCGGGAACAAGAUUGACAUCGAUGCUGGAAGACGUGUGAUCUCUGAGAAGAAGGCAAAAGAGUGGUGCGUCUCCAAAGGCAACAUUCCAUACUUCGAAACCUCUGCAAAAGACGACUACAACGUUGACAGUGCUUUUCUAUGCAUUGCUAAGCUUGCUUUGGAGCAUGAGAAUGAUCAAGACAUAUACUCCAAAACUGUUACAGAGCCAGUCCCUGAUACUGAACCUACCAGCGGAUGUGCUUGCUAGCAGUAGCACUUGGAUGUUUUUGUUCACUGGCAGAAAUUAUACAACAAUAAGCUGUCACGGACUCACAGUGUACAAUAAGCUCGAAUAACAACUGUUUAACUCGCUUAUGUAGCCAUUUGUUAUUUUACAAACGUUAGGGUUUAUGCCAUUUGCCACAGUGUCACCAGAUACCUACUGUCAGCUUCUGCUUGCAUCUGCCCAGGUAGGACAAGAAUAACUGAAUAAUAAGUACUAGCACAGCCUGCAGACAGUUCUGUCGGUGUCUGUUGUUCUGUGCACUUGUGUGGCAGUUGACCUCUUCAUUGUCAGAUGUAACAAACCAUGGUUGCUUUCCAGUUUACAGUAAAAUUCUCAAUUCAUCUUU